AGCCUUCCACACAGCAAAGUGCUUACAGCUUCCUGAGGUAGUGACAAUUGCUGGAAGCUUGUAUCCGCGUACACAGUGGUCUUACCGUCUCCUUGUGACCCAACCGUCUCCACACCUCUCACCUUCGAUUAGUUACUUUCACAAUGGCUGAGGCCGGACCAUCUGAUGCUGGGAAGAAGGAUAAGAAGGACUUCAGCACAGCCAUUCUGGAGCGCAAGAAGAGUCCAAACCGUCUUAUUGUGGAAGAGUCUGUCAAUGACGACAACUCGGUGUGCGCGUUGCAUCCGAAGACGAUGGAGAAGCUGCAGCUUUUCCGCGGCGAUACCGUCCUGCUGAAGGGCAAGAAGCGGAAGGACACAGUCUGCAUUGUGUUGUCGGAUGAGACUGUUGAGGAGAACAAGAUUCGCAUGAACAAGGUGGUCCGCAAGAACUUGCGUGUCCGCCUUGCGGACAUUGUCUCCGUCCACCAGUGCACGGACGUGAAGUACGGCAAGCGCAUUCACGUGCUGCCCAUCGAUGAUACCAUUGAGGGCAUCACUGGCAACCUCUUCGACGCCUACCUGAAGCCUUACUUCCUGGAGGCGUACAGGCCAGUGCGCAAGGGUGACACCUUCCUGGCCCGCGGCGGCAUGCGCAGCGUGGAGUUCAAGGUGGUGGAGACCGACCCCGCGGAGUACUGCAUCGUGGCGCCCGACACGGAGAUCUUCUGCGAGGGAGAGCCCAUCAAGCGCGAGGACGAGGAGAGGCUGGAUGAGGUGGGCUAUGAUGACAUCGGCGGUGUGCGCAAGCAGCUGGCGCAGAUCCGCGAGCUGGUGGAGCUGCCGCUGCGGCACCCGCAGCUGUUCAAGACCAUCGGCGUGAAGCCGCCCAAGGGUAUUCUGCUGUACGGCCCCCCCGGCAGCGGCAAGACGCUGAUUGCGCGCGCCGUGGCCAACGAGACGGGCGCGUUCUUCGUCGUGGUCAACGGCCCCGAGAUCAUGUCCAAGCUGGCGGGAGAGUCGGAGAGCAACCUGCGCAAGGUCUUCCAAGAGGCGGAGAAGAACGCGCCCUCCAUCAUCUUCAUCGAUGAGGUUGACUCCAUCGCCCCCAAGCGCGAGAAGACGCAGGGCGAGGUGGAGCGCCGCAUCGUGUCACAGCUGCUGACGCUUAUGGACGGCCUGAAGAGCCGCGCGCAUGUGAUCGUGAUCGCCGCCACCAACCGACCCAACUCCAUUGACGCUGCGCUGCGCCGCUUCGGUCGCUUCGACCGCGAGAUCGACAUUGGCGUGCCGGAUGAGACGGGUCGUCUGGAGGUGCUGCGCAUCCACACCAAGAACAUGAAGCUGGAUGAGGACGUGGCGCUGGAGGCCAUCUCGCGCGACACGCACGGCUACGUGGGCGCGGAUCUGGCGGCGCUGUGCACGGAGGCGGCGCUGCAGUGCAUCCGCGAGAAGAUGGAUGUGAUCGAUCUGGAGGACGAGCAGAUCGAUGCCGAGGUGCUCAACUCCAUGGCGGUGACGCAGGACCACUUCAAGACGGCGCUGGGCAUGAGCAACCCCUCGGCGCUGCGCGAGACGGUGGUGGAGGUGCCCAACGUGUCGUGGGACGCCAUCGGCGGUCUGGAGGGCGUCAAGCGCGAGCUGCAGGAGCUCAUCCAGUACCCGGUGGAGCACCCGGAGAAGUUCGAGAAGUUCGGGAUGUCGCCGUCCAAGGGUGUGCUGUUCUACGGGCCCCCGGGUUGCGGCAAGACGCUGCUGGCCAAGGCCAUCGCCAACGAGUGCCAGGCCAACUUCAUCUCCGUCAAGGGCCCCGAGCUGCUCACCAUGUGGUUCGGAGAGAGCGAGGCCAACGUGCGCGAGAUCUUUGACAAGGCCCGCGGCUCUGCGCCCUGCGUGCUGUUCUUUGAUGAGCUGGACUCCAUUGCCGUACAGCGCGGCUCCAGCGCGGGUGAUGCGGGCGGCGCGGCGGACCGUGUGCUCAACCAGCUGCUCACGGAGAUGGACGGCAUGAACAGCAAGAAGACGGUGUUCAUCAUCGGCGCCACCAACAGGCCCGACAUCAUCGACCCCGCGCUGCUGCGCCCCGGCCGCCUGGACCAGCUCAUCUACAUCCCGCUGCCCGACGAGGGCUCGCGGCUGCAGAUCUUCAAGGCCUGCCUGCGCAAGUCGCCCAUCGCGCCCGAUGUUGACUUUGACACGCUCGUCAAGUUCACGCACGGCUUCUCGGGCGCUGACAUCACCGAGAUCUGCCAGCGCGCUUGCAAGUCGGCCAUUCGCGAGGACAUCGAGAAGAACAUCGAGCGCGAGCGGCGGCGAGCAGAGAACCCGGAUGCCAUGAUGGAGGACGAGCCCGACCCGGUGCCUUGCAUCACCAAGGCGCACUUUGAGGAGGCCAUGAAGUACGCCCGCCGCUCCGUCUCUGACGCAGACAUCCGCAAGUACCAGGCCUUUGCGCAGACGCUGCAGCAGAGCCGCGGAUUCGGCUCGGACUUCCGCUUCCCUGAGGGGGCCCCGGGUGCGGGUGCCGCGCCAGCAGCGGCAGCGGGUGCCGCCGCGCCGGCGUUCACGCAGAGCGCCGCGGCCGCGGAUGAUGAUGAUCUGUACAACUAGACGACGAAGCAGCGGGCGAGCGCGCAUGCGGCAGCGGCGGCUGCGGUGUGGGGCUGAGGAGCACUAUGUGCUGUAAGGCUGAAGCAUGAGCAGCAAUUUGUGUGGAUGGUGGCGGCAAGGGCCCCGCUGGACGGGUUGGGAGGAGGCGGCGGCCUUGUUGAGGCUUGACGUUGACGGUUUCCUAUUGACUGGCUGUUCUAACUCGGCGAUAUGACAGUUGACUCGUUUAAUCCCGACGCGUGAUGUAUGGUGUGGUGAUGUGGUUUAGACAGGCUGGUGCUGUGCCUGGCGGAUUGACGGAAGGUUGGAUGGGAGACACAGCCGGAGCUGCAUUCUAUGCUUUUGGCGUGGAGGUGUGUUCUGUAUUCUGUUGGGUGCUCAAUUCCUUUCGUCUGUCAUGUCAUGGGCAAAGGGGUACAUACGGCUACAGCGGGCAGCAGGAGUGGCACCAAAGUUAUAGUUGCACUGAAGUUGCCCUGAAGUCGCGUGCAGAUGCAUGAGAGAGAAAGGGUAGCGUUAGGUUGCGGAAAAACUUAUGUCUGGCAUUCUGGCGUCCUGAGCAAGCGCUCAGCUGCACAGCAUUGGCCGAAGAAAGUUUCUCGCGUUGCAGGUUUUGCUCGCGUCGUGUCGUCCAUGGUUGACCUACUGUGGGUGGAUGGAUAAUUCAUUGGCGGGUGGAGGGUGUGAAGAGUGCACCCGCUAUUCGCUGCUGUAAAUAGCGAAAGAGGUACCGUACGAGAACAAGUAUACUCUUAUCAUAACCUUAUCCUGUUAUCGUCCUACUUG